GGCCAUUUGAAUCAUUAAUUCGAACUUUGAGCCUCUAAUCUAGAAAAAUUAGGUCACAAGAGCUUAUCUCACAUGAAUAUAUUUUACAUAUCACUGCGGAAUCGGAGAUAAUCUCAACGUGACGUGUCAAUCAGGUGUACACCAAUUAUUUACUGGCAUGAAUAUCACAAAAAAAGCCACCGUAGAAGGCAUUGCUCGAGUUCUCAUUGGAAAACAACGAUCGCUGUUAAAGCCGAUUUAUUCUAAAAUGCACACAUCAUCAUCAUUGGACGUGCAAGACGAGGCAGACGAGGUUCAAAUUCCGAUGCCUUGGGGGCACGUUAGUGGGAAAUGGUGGAACUCGAAAGAUGUGCGACCAGUUUUGUGUAUUCAUGGCUGGCAGGACAAUGCUGGGACAUUCGACAGACUAAUUCCUUCGUUGCCCAAACACUUGUCGUACUUGGCUAUUGACCUUCCUGGACACGGGCUUAGUUCUUGGUACCCACAUGGAAUGCAAUACCAACCAAUUGACUAUAUAAACGUUAUAAAUUUAAUACGCAAGGAAUAUGGAUGGGAGAAGGUUUCCUUAAUCGCCCACAGCAUGGGCUCAAUUGUAGGUUUCAAUUAUUGCGGAUUGUAUCCUGAUCGUGUGGAUUUUAUGGUAGGCAUUGAUGCUCUGAAAAGUCACAUAAAAAAUAAAGAACGAGUAGCACCUGUUUUGGAAUAUUGCUAUGAUAACCUUUUGAUAGCGGACGAGAGAAAUAGAAGCAAGAGCGAACCACCUUCUUACUCGUAUGAAGAAACAGUAAAAAAGUUGUGUGAGGCAACAAAUGGUUCAGUAACACCUGAAACCUGCAAACACAUCCUUCAGAGGAACUUAAGGAAGAGCGAAAAGUAUCCAAACAAGUAUUACUUUGCCCGUGACAAUAGACUGAAAUAUUCGGGAUUUAUAAACUUAGCUCAAGAGGUCAGUAUCGAGUUUGCAAAACGAAUGCAAAUGCCGUACCUCUUCAUCAAAGCAAGCAAGUCUCCGUACUACGAAAAGAAAGAAUAUUUUGAUCAAAUGAUUGAAGCAAUGCGAGAGAGCAACAAAAACUUUGAAUGGCACUUCAUUGAGGGUACUCAUCACUUGCAUUUGACGUCACCCGAAACCAUUAGCGAGUUAUUAUCCAAUUUCAUAAACAAAGCCAGACCUUGUGGCACUGACGAUGCAAAAAGUAAAUUAUAAACACAAAGCUUUAAUUCAAAUUUUAAUAUAAUUUAUUAUUAUUCCAA